UCAGGGUACCCCUGACUAUAAAGGUUCAUGGAGUUCUACCCAAAGGGGGCUAGAGGCAGAGACCUAUCUGGUAGGACAGAUGCCACUGACUGGGACAGACAUCCCCGGGGGGUGUUUUGUCAACUGUUUGAGCAGCCUGUUCGGUUUGAUAGGGGAGGGUCCACAAUGGCUGUUAAUUUAAUCCAGUAUUAUAAAAUUGUUCUCUUAUUUGUGCUACUCAAGGAGUGGCUUGUCAACUUCAAACUUUGGCAAAUGUUCUCUGUGCUUGAAAGUCCCAGUGGCGGUGACACCUUGGUAGAGUGACUGGUGCUGACUUCUCUCUCAGUGUGUUAACCCUUGGGUGUCUUCUCUGCUAGAGGAGCUCAUACAGGUGUAAAAUAGUGAGGGAAGCUGGGAUAGUUGUGAAAGGUGGUUUUGGUACAGGCUAGUUUUCACUUACAUUUUUCUUAGUUUGUUCCAGAAACUGUUCAACACUCUAAAAAAUAAUUUACAAAGGAUAUAAUGGAACUCCAUUUCAAAAGUCACAUCAGAGUAAAGAAAUAAUAUCCAAUUUAUGGGCUUGGUAAUAUGUCAAAAUUGCCCAAUUUAUUCCAUGUGAUUGUGAUAUCUGGGAGACAAGCUCAUGGCACGAUAAUGAGCUGUGGGCUGAUGCAAUUCUGCCGUAUUAAGUGUCAGGAUUUAAGGGAAGCCCUUCCCACAGACUUCUAUAUAUCUACUUAAUUAUAGUUUCCUCGCUUUCCCUUCCUGUGACAUUUUCACUCCUCAGAAGUACUGUCGUGCUAGCAUGUUCCUUUAUGACUACACAUCUGAGUCCUCAAAGCAGAUUUCACCUGGUCUGCUGCCCCUUUCACAGUUUUAGCCUGGAAGUUACCCUUGGAUCAGCUUUCCCCCUCUUCUUCUUCCUGUCCCACCAAGUCAUCUCACCUCUCCACCAGAGUUCCACUUCUCAUCACCCCAAGCCAUUCAGCAACUGAACGAAUUCACCCCCUCCCAAGGGAAGGUCUCACAUCGGGGGAUACUUACCCCUUCCAGACCCUUCCUGGAGGAAGCAAGUUUCCUUCCAUGUGGCAGGAGCCAGUUUUAUAUUUGUUUGGCCCUGUGACUGAUAGGAUGGGGAGUUUGGGGGAACUGGAGAGGAGAUGACAGUUUUAACCAAGAAAAAACAUUGAGUAGAAAUUAUCCCCUCUGCCUUCUUCGGGCGUGUCCCUCUUCUGGGCAUCUCUUCAGGAUUUCAUUCCUCCGUCCAACUGCCGUUCACAACUGCCCUUUCCAACUGCUCCAGAACUCUUGGCCCCGGCAUUCCGUGAUGUAAAUUAUUCCACGCAUGGCUCGAAAUGGGUGCGAAGCAGUGUUGCCAGGUGUCGGAUCACUAGUUUGUCAUGGAUGAUGAUGAUGACUCGUGUCUCCUUGAUCUUAUCGGAGACCCACAAGCAUUGAACUAUUUUCUACAUGGACCUAGUAAUAAGUCUAGCAAUGAUGACUUGACUAAUGCAGGAUAUUCUGCAGCCAAUUCAAAUUCAAUUUUCGCCAACUCCAGUAAUGCUGAUCCUAAGUCAUCCCUCAAAGCUGUAAGCAACCAGCUUGGAGAAGGGCCCAGUGAUGGACUGCCACUCUCAAGUAGCCUUCAGUUUCUGGAGGAUGAACUUGAGUCUUCUCCUCUUCCUGAUCUCAGUGAGGACCAACCUUUCGACAUUCUUCAGAAAUCCUUGCAGGAGGCCAAUAUCACUGAACAGACACUGGCCGAAGAGGCAUAUUUGGAUGCCAGUAUAGGUUCAAGCCAACAGUUUGCACAAGCUCAGCUUCAUCCUUCUUCAUCAGCAUCCUUUACUCAGGCUUCUAAUGUUUCGAAUUACUCAGGUCAGACACUGCAGCCUAUAGGGGUGACUCACGUGCCUGUCGGAGCAUCAUUUGCAAGCAAUACGGUGGGUGUGCAACAUGGCUUUAUGCAGCACGUGGGGAUCAGUGUUCCCAGCCAGCAUCUGUCUAACAGCAGUCAGAUUAGCGGCUCUGGUCAAAUACAGCUAAUUGGGUCAUUUGGUAAUCAACCUUCCAUGAUGACUAUUAAUAACCUAGAUGGAUCUCAAAUCAUAUUGAAGGGCAGUGGGCAGCAAGCCCCAUCAAAUGUGAGUGGAGGGCUCCUGGUCCAUAGACAGACUCCUAAUGGCAACUCAUUGUUUGGGAACUCCAGUUCCAGUCCAGUAGCACAGCCUGUCACCGUUCCAUUUAAUAGCACAAACUUUCAGACAUCUUUACCCGUGCAUAACAUCAUCAUACAGAGGGGUCUUGCACCAAAUUCAAAUAAAGUUCCAAUUAAUAUCCAGCCAAAGCCUAUCCAGAUGGGCCAGCAGAAUACAUACAAUGUGAACAAUUUGGGAAUACAGCAGCACCAUGUUCAACAAGGGAUCUCUUUUGCCUCUGCCAGCUCACCCCAGGGCUCCGUAGUUGGUCCGCACAUGUCUGUGAACAUUGUAAACCAACAGAACACAAGAAAACCGGUCACCUCACAGGCUGUGAGCAGUGCUGGCAGUAGUAUCGUUAUUCAUUCUCCCAUGGGCCAGCCUCACACACCCCAAAGUCAGUUCCUCAUACCCACAAGCCUUUCCGUCAGUUCCAACUCGGUACACCAUGUCCAGACCAUAAAUGGGCAACUGCUUCAGACUCAACCUUCUCAGCUUAUCUCCGGCCAAGUGGCCUCAGAGCAUGUCAUGUUGAACAGAAACUCUUCCAACAUGCUCAGGACCAACCAACCAUAUUCUGGGCAGAUGCUGAACAACCAGAAUGCUGCUGUCCAAUUAGUGUCUGGGCAGACGUUUGCCGCCUCUGGAAGCCCAGUGAUAGUCAAUCAUGCCUCUCCUCAGAUCGUCAGUGGACAGAUGCCCUUGCAGCAGGCAUCGCCAACCGUAUUACACCUGUCACCUGGGCAGAGCAGCGUCUCCCAAGGAAGACCUGGCUUCACCCCCAUGCCCUCAGUGACCAGCAUGUCAGGACCUAGUCGGUUCCCUAUUGUCAGCUCCUCCAGCACUGCCCAUCCUAGUCUUGGGUCUGUGGUUCAGUCGGGCGCAACAGGAUCAAACUUUACAGGAGACCAGCUGACCCAGCCAAACAGGACUCCAGUACCGGUCAGCGUGUCUCAUCGUCUUCCAGUUUCUUCUUCCAAAUCUAGCAGCACCUUUAGUAACACACCUGGAGCAGGAACCCAGCAGCUCUUCUGUCAGGCUCAGAAAAAAAGUUUGAAUCAGACUUCCCCCAUUGCUGCUUCCAAGACCACAGAUGGCCUGAGGCAGACGCAGAUCCCUGGCCUCCUGAACACCCCACUGCCAGGGCAGGAUUCUGGAAGCAAAGUUAUGCCGGUGUCCUUAGGAACUGCACAACCACAGCAGGAAAAAGUAGUUGGAUCAUCUCCUGGCCGGCCAGCUGUGCAGGUGGAUAGUCACUCAGGAGGACAAAAGCGACCUGCUGCAAAACAGCUAACUAAAGGAGCUUUCAUUCUCCAGCAGUUACAGAGGGACCAAGCCCACGCUGUGACACCUGACAAAAGUCAGUUCCGAUCACUGAGUGAGGCGGUGCAGAGGCUCCUCUCCUACCACGUGUGCCAGGGCUCCAUGCCCACGGAGCAAGACCUGAAGAAAGUCGACAGUGAAUUUGAAACAGUUGCCACUCAGCUCCUAAAAAGGACCCAAGCUAUGCUUAACAAAUACAGAUGCCUGCUUCUAGAAGAUGCCAUGCGGAUCAACCCCUCUGCUGAGAUGGUGAUGAUUGACAGGAUGUUCAACCAGGAGGAAAGAGCUUCUCUGUCCCGAGACAAGCGUCUGGCACUUGUAGAUCCUGAGGGUUUUCAGGCUGAUUUCUGUUGUUCUUUCAAACUUGAUAAAGCUGCUCACGAGACGCAGUUUGGCCGGAGUGACCAGCACGGCAGUAAAGCAACCAGCUCUUUCCACCUGACGGCCAAGGCCCAGAGCCGAGACCGAGCCAGACCAGGCAUGGCAGAACCCACGAAUCAUGACCAGUUUCAUCUAGUGCCUAAUCACCUCGUGGUCUCCGCAGAAGGAAACAUUUCUAAAAAAACUGAAUGCCUCGGCAGGGCGCUAAAGUUCGACAAGGCGGGUUUAGCUCAGUACCGGAGUGCGUCCGAAGAGAAAAGCAGCAGGCGGGAGUCGGUGAAGGCCAGCGAGUGCCCUCCCGGCCCCGAAGGGCCCCGAAAAUCCUCAUCCCGACUGGACCAUGGUACUGACAGCAAACUCUCCAGUAUCCUAGGGGAUUCUCAUUUGGAGAUGACGUGUAACAAUUCCUUCCAGGACAAAACUCUGAGGAAUUCUCCAAAGAAUGAAGUUUUACACACAGACAUCAUGAAAGGGUCGGGCGAACCCCAGCCAGAUCUCCAGCUCACCAAGAGUUUAGAAACAACGUUUAAGAACAUCUUGGAACUCAAAAAGGCCGGGCGGCAGCCCCAGAGUGACCCCACGGUUAGCGGCUCUGUCGAGUUGGAUUUCCCCAACUUUUCUCCAAUGGCUUCGCAGGAAAACUGCCUGGAAAAGUUCAUCCCGGACCACAGUGAAGGCAUUGUAGAAACGGACUCCAUUUUAGAAGCAGCUGUAAAUAGUAUCUUAGAGUGUUAAUAGCCUCAGCCCUUCCCCGCCCCGUCCCGAGACCCCGCCCCGUCCCGAGACCCCGCCCCGAGGCCCCGCCCCGGACAAGUUACAUUCUUUCCUGGCAAAAGCAAACGGAAGUGGUCUCCUGUCUCCAGCCAGCUUGAUCUUUCAUCACAGGUUGUCCUUUCUGAUCUCGAUCUCAUUCUUUGUUUCAGAGCAAUACUCGUCGUGGUUACAGGGAGAUCCCUUCGCGAAACGAAUCUUUGUUAGAAAGCAGUCUGAUAGGCCCGACACAUUUCAAGUGUUACGAAAGUGCUUAUAGUCAUUUCUGUGUUUGUUUACUUGUUUUAAUUUUUCAAAACAAAACACCGCUGAGAUCACAGUACACUUGGCCCUGGGUAAAAUUCUGACAAUCAUAAGUCAUUUGAAAGGAAAAGACUUAUUAAAGAAAAUCAAACAGGACCGAUAGAAGCUACUUUUUAAAGAAUAGCCCACCGCAUCUCCCAGUUUUGCCGUUUGGGGUCUGUUGUCCUUGUUGUUGGGAGGGCAGACCGCCGGGUCAUGCCCCCUCAGGCCAUCUCUGAGCUCCUCUGCCAGGGUUGCCGCAAGGACGACUCCCCCCCCCCCCCCCCGCCCCGAAGCUGCCAGUAGCGCACAAGCAGGGCAUUUGCAGGGUUUCCUUGCUCAUCGUUCAAGUGCUUUUCUGACGCUCCCAGAGCAAAGCCUCACGCUUUUCAGCCGAUGCGCGUUGAAUUUCAUCUAGGGAAUGCUCUCUCUGUUCUUAGUUGCAACAGCAUGACUUGAGAUCAUUUCAUCAGGCUAAAUAAAGGAAAACGGAAACCAGUUAAGUGGCACAGUGUACAGGGGAGGCCGGGAUAGAGCCUUGAGGAAUAUAAUAUGUAUAUAUGUAAAAGCAUAUAUAUAUGUGAACUAUUGAGAAAAAAAAAACAAGCAUUUUCGCAUUUUCUAAUUGGAUAUAGUCAACAUAAUGCUAUAUGUUUUUGUUUGUUGCUGGGUUUCUUUUCAUUUAACCUCUCUGGCCCCUCUCCCACAAAUAGCCAAGCGUCUAAAGCACUUUCGUUUGAAAACUGUGUUGUAAUUUUUCAGUUUAAACUUUAAGGGGACUUUGGCCUUGUUUAUGCUUCUUGUCUGAGAACAGUAGUCACCCCACCACCCCCACCCCCACCCCCACCCCCGGCAGCAAUCAUUACCAAAACACGGACAAACCAAAGUAACCAGCCAGCCCCCCCACUGAAAGAAAAGAUCUAAGACACGGGAGUCCCACUUGAGAGUCAAAGGACAUGCCCUGUCAUGGUCUGUGUGUGGCCCGUGUUCAUAUUAGUGAACAUGACUUACUGCUUUAUUUAUUUAUAUUUCUUUUCAGGGAACUUUCCCCAUUUUCCUUCCUUGUGUUCCUACCCCAGGUCAUCCCACCUCUGCUGUUCCCUUCAUCCUCAGUGUCAUUGUAACCAGCCGGUCUCUCCCAUCAUCGGGAAGGCCACGUAACGGUAUUUCAUACGUGCCCUCCCCCACGUGUGUGUGUGUACCUGAGCUGUUCAGAUCCAGAGGUCACUCUGGUGACAGUGUGGACACACCCACUCUUCCUCCCACUUCCUGCGCGCACUCUCUCAUUUCUUCGGUUGAUCUCUCUGGGCUUUAGAGGUGCACCCACUGGUCUCCACUCUCACACGGUGCCAGCAUCUGUUUCUGGCUGUUUCCAGAACGGGGAUGACCCCCAUUGUCAUCAUGUUGGGCGCUGCUUCUCCAGAUUGGCCCGCGAUGGAAAGGAAGGCUUCUGAUUAUUGGAAAACACGACAACAGAAGACCCAGACUCUCCCUGUCCCGCUCUGUCCCUGCACUGUCCUUGAAGGAACCCCCUCAGACAGCCAGUUUUCUUAAAAGCAAAGUACCUUCUUCCUACCCUCACCCCCACCCUGGCCAAUAGAACUUGGAAAAUCUGGGCCAUUUUAGGGUUCCCAUUUUUUCCUUAUUUGUGCCAAUGUCCAAGUUGCAGAUUUCCCCUUUUUCCUGUAUUGUAACAUAUUAGAAGGAUAAGUUGGUAUUGCCAGUUGGAACUUUCUGUUUGGGCAGCCCUGGGGUAACACCCUGCCCUGAACCCCAUGAUUUCAUAGGCUCUUCUUCUCUUAGGACUCAUGCUCCCCUCAUUCCUAGCAAGACUUAAAGAUGGUCCCUCUUAAUCAAAUUCUUCUCAUUGUGGAACUCUCUACCUGGAAACCUUCACGUAGGCUACUAAUUAAUUACGCCAAUCAGUGGAAUUCUUAAGAGAAAAGAUAAACUUCAUGUACAUUGGUCACCUCCCUUCCUUCCCUAUCCUGCCCUGCUACCCCAGCCCCCACUUUUCUAAAUUCCAUCUCAAAGGGUUUUUCAAGCCCUAACACUUGUCUAGCAAACAGCCUAAUUCACCAAAAUGAAACUUGUAAAUUUUUGUGUCCUUGUAUGUAAGUUUACUUUCUAUGGAGGAAAGAUUCUAGAUAAUGACAAAUGAAGAUUACGAAAAUGUAUUUUACUCCUGUGAUUAGAUUAUGCGCACAUGGGUCCUAACUCACACGUCGAGCCCCCUCUGGCGAAGGGUAAGAGAGCUCCACCUUGGACGGCCAACUUUCAGUUGUUUAGGUUCGUUAGUCAAGGUUAAGUUUUAGAACUACUUGUACUCAGUAACAAAAAUCAUUUUCUUUCUUUCUUUCUUUUUUUCCUGUUGUGGAAAAGUGUGCAUUUGUUAUUAAGCAUUUGAUUUUCUGUGUCCUUAAAUACUGCCUAAAGAUAAAGCAAAUUUUAAACUGGCAAUUACGAAAAAGAACUAUUUUAGCUCUGAAGAAUUUAGUAGAUUUUGUUAGAUUAGGGAGGCCUUACAGACUGACUUGACUUAUAGAGGACGCGUCACUCACUGUCAGUGUGGUGUGGGCUUUAUUUGCUUAAAUACCUUCAUUUGUAUAGUAUGUCUCACUUGAAAUUGCUUUGUAUACAUUUUGUAAAAAUAUUUAUAAAAUGUUUUGUAAAAAAAAGUAUAACAAAUUGCAGUUUAUUUUGUUAUGUUGGAUAAAUACUGUUAAAAGAAACCAGUCAGUAACUAUAUUGUUAAUCCAUGGUUAGGAAAUGUUUAGUUGGAGAUUACGAAAUGAAACAACCAUUGCAAUACAGCCAAAGAUUUGGGAAAAUGUGCAA